UUUUAGAAUAAUUUUUAUAUAUCUUUACGUUGUGAAUGUAUUUAUAUUUAAUUUAGCGGUUGAAAUAUAUAAAUGUACCAAUCGAGAGCAAGAAAGCCAUCUGCAAAUGUACUAAAGCCAGCUGGAUUACCUGCACCUAACGAUAUCAAAGAAUGCAGGGUAAACGUUGAUGAAACACGAAAACGCAGUAAAAGUAAAUAUUGUAUCCCGAAAAAUUUGCGGUACGAUUUAGAAAAUGCUUUGGUUAAUUUGUGCGACGUAUGGUUUGAAGAAAUUAAGCCGUAUUUAGUCCGAAAUAAUGUGAAAGUACACGUUCAAGAUGAUGAGGCGAAUACAGGAUCUGGUGGGAAUAAUUGUACAACACCUGACGCUGUAAAGCUGACUAGAAACCGAAGCGCUAUUCCUGAAAGGACGAAUUGCUCGCAUCUUGAUCCAGGUGCUGCUUCCGAUCUUCGUCUUCAAGCUGGUGCACACUCUGCCGGCUGUUGUACAACGCGUCAUGCGGCAUCGAGAGCGCGAUCGCACAAGCCGCCGUCGCCGCCCCGCCCGCCGCUGCGCCCGCCGCCGCGUCCGCCGCCGCCCACGUUGCGGAUACCGCCGCUACAGUUAUCGGAGAGCCCCAGCAAUGAAAACGUAAAGAAGUUGCCAGCUAAACGUCGUGGUAAAAAGAAGAGGCGUUCUAAUUCUCCGAUAGCGCUCCGCAAUCACCAUCGAAUACCCCGACUGUGCAAUAUGAUGGGUAUUAAAUCUGAAGCCGCCAAGCUUGCCAGAUAUUGACUGGCUAUCGGUUUUAUAAACUGACAUGUAAGUUGGUAACCCAUAGUAACAACUCUUGCGACAUA